CAAGGAUCCUGGAGCUGCAGCAGAACGGGGACAUGGACCUCCUGAAGCACAAGUGGUGGCCCAAGAACGGCCAGUGCGACCUCUACUCCUCCGUGGACGCCAAGCAGAAAGGCGGUGCCCUGGACAUAAAAAGUUUUGCAGGUGUUUUCUGUAUCCUCGCCGCUGGGAUUGUCCUAUCCUGUUUCAUUGCAAUGUUGGAAACGUGGUGGAAUAAAAGGAAAGGCUCCCGGGUUCCUUCAAAAGAGGAUGACAAGGAGAUCGACCUGGAGCACCUGCACAGGCGCGUGAACAGCCUCUGCACGGACGACGACAGUCCCCACAAGCAGUUCUCCACCUCGUCCAUCGACUUGACCCCGCUGGACAUUGACACUUUGCCCACGCGCCAAGCGCUGGAGCAGAUCAGUGACUUCAGAAACACUCACAUCACCACGACCACCUUCAUACCCGAGCAGAUCCAGACUCUGAGCCGCACUCUGUCCGCCAAAGCCGCCUCCGGCUUCUCCUUCGGCAGCGUCCCCGAGCACCGAACUGGCCCUUUCAGGCACAGGGCGCCCAACGGCGGCUUCUUCAGGAGCCCCAUCAAAACCAUGUCGUCCAUCCCCUACCAACCCACGCCCACGCUGGGGCUCAACCUGGGCAACGACCCGGACCGAGGCACCUCCAUAUGAGCCACGUUUCCUCAGCGCCUCUUUUCUAGGACUCCCUUCGCCAGGAGCAGCUGUGAUAUUGUGGGACUAACAUGGAUGUAACCUUUGCUGUUCUCC